AUGUGGUCACUACGGGUGUAUACCCGCAAGAAGCGGGCCGGCCAGAGGCUCAACCUAACCCCGACGCUGGACCUAGGCCCCACCGCGAAAGUAGAGGCCCCCCCAGGUCCUGGCUUGAAAGGGAAAGCACAUCGUUUGCAGAAGAUCUCAGAGAAAGCAGAGUGCAGUGGGCAGGGAGUUAGCGGUUCUAGGCCACCGAGUGGUCAGUUAAGAGUUACAGGACAGAAAAGCCUGCAAGAAAAUAGCACUAAUGAAGAGCCCCCGGAUGAGAAAGUUGCUCCCUUGAGUGAAUCAGUGACUGAUGACCUCCAGGUUGACUGUAGUUCAUCCAAUAGUGAGCUAGUAUCAGGACUAAGUUUGCAGCAUGGUAUUUCUAGUUCUCUUCUGAGCUAUUCAUUCACAGACUCUUACACAGAACACAAGAGUUUUGGAGAGAGUUUAAGCAGUUUCUCAUCACCUGAACUCUUCAGAGGAUCAGAUUCUUUAGAUUGGGAAUGUCCCAAGUUGGAAGAACAUACACGAUGCAAAAAUUCCACUCUUCUGGAUACCAGUACAGCAGUAGCAAUAGAGAAGGUACCACAGUUUUCAAACCUCUCUGCAAUUUUAGGUAUGUCUUCAGAAGACUAUCAGAAAUGCCAGAGAGAAAUAGUGAUGACAUUAGCAGACCAAAAUAUUACUUCAAAACCAAAGAGUACUUCACAUUCAGAAUCAGAUAAUGCGGCUUGUGAAGUUUUACUUGCUGAGAAAACUUACCCUUCAGCGCCUGAGAAAACAAAGAAAAAAAGAACAAAUUCUAGUAUUCCUGAUAAGAAAAGCAGAGGCCUCUUAACAAGUACACCAUCUUCGCAAACUGCUGGUUUAGAGAUUGAUUUGUCCUCAGUGCAAAAAACAUCUUUUGAAGAACUAUUUCCAAAUGUCAGCAAUUAUGUUAAUUCAAAUGAAAUUGUUCCUGUGUCAGAUUUGCAAGAAUGCUCUUCAAAUGAGAUUCCUUCAGAUACAUCAGAAAUAUGUUGUAUUAUUAGAGCAACACCAGGAACUAGACAAAUGAAAAGUGAAAGUAAUGUUAUUGUAAAGAAGAAGAAAUAUUCCCCACCCAAAGAUAUUCCUCAAGAUAUUAUGGUACAAGUGGCAGAGCAUCCUGCAUAG